AGGAAGAGGAGGAGGACUAAUGGGAGGAGUGAGAAAGUGAAAACUAGAAGGCAUGAGAGAGGAGAAUCAGAAGGGAGAAACCAACUGAAAGCAGAAACUCUUCUUCUUCCUUCUCUGUGCGGCUUUAGUUUUUCCUUUUUUGGCUCGGUCCAGAUGUGGAGCAUCUGGAGGAUUGACUGAAGGAGGUGUAGCUCUCUGCUCUCUGCCAUCAGAUCGCUGGUUGCUCGAGGGCUCCUCAGCAGCGCUGGAGGCUGAAGAGGAGUUUUCUGGUUCUUCGUUGGUGUCAAAGUGAGCUAUCGCAGGCUUUCAAGACUUCUGCCGGUUUGCUCAGAGGACUCGUGGACCUGGACCUGGACCCUGAGGACCCAGCGGGGGGAUCGAUGUGACCAUGGUGGGGCCAUGCUGGGAGGGAGGUCCGCUCUGGCGAGUGUGUUUCUGUGUUUUGUGUGUCUCCUUGGCCCGACGCCACCGGCAGCCGGGAUCUGCACCACGGACCUACCGAAGCAGGUCAAGUCCAUGAUCAAGAUUGCCCCACGACUGAACCAUUUGGGCAGCAGACUUUACACGCAGACCGCAACAGACUUCCAGCAGAAUUGCAUCGUCUCCACCCUCAAGUGUUUCUCUGCAGAGAUGGAUGUCCUUAUAAAUGAGUGGAAGCUUGCAAAUGUGAAAAUCCCACAGAAAAAGACAUUGGUCAGCGGACUCAAAAGACUAGCAGACAGGUUCAGCCUGGCAAAGAAUACGACCACGUCAGAGUGCCGUCAGUGUGAACGGCUCCAGCAGAAAGACGCAGAAGAGUUCCUCAGAGAGCUUGAAGGGACUCUUGAGAAGAUCAACAGCGCCCCAUGUCCCCCAGAGGACAGCAGCUGAAGCCUCCUGACCUUUGACCUCCGGAGUCUGUGGAGUUGAUUGACUCCUUUGAGUCCUCCCCUCAGCCACACUUUUACUUUUGGCCUCUAAGCCACUAAAUGCAAAGAUGAGUUAUUGAUAACCGAUGCCAGCGGUGACGUUUCCGUCCUUUUUGCCGUUCGAUUUUUUGACACAAUCUUAACAUAAAUGAAAGAAUAUUAGCGAUAUCUGACAUUUACUUUAAAUCAUAUGUCAAAUGUCUGAAAGCUAAAUCUACCCAGAGCUGAGAUCUUAUGUUUUUUACGUGGGGAAAUACAUUAAAAGGUGUCAAAUAUGUG